AUGAACUUGUUGGUGAGUGACUUUUACCCUCCUGAAGCUACAAUUCAAUUGAAGAAGAAAUUGCUACAUGAUUCCCAUGCUUACAUAUGGGACGAGCCAUUUCUGUUCAAGCAGGGUCCUGGUGGAAUUAUAUGUAGAUGUAUUCCAGAAGCUGAAUUCAUACAACCAAUAUUGUUUAGAGAUGCCGUGGCUUUCGUGAAGAGUUGUGAUCAGUACCAGAGGCUAGGUACAAUUUCAAUGCAUCAUGAGAUGUCCCUAAACAACAUUCUUGAAGUUAAAGUAUUCGAUGUUUGGGGGAUAGAUUUUAUGGGACCAUUCCCACCAUCCAAUGACAAUUUGUAUAUCCCUGUGGUAGUUGAUUAUUUUGCUAAGUGGGUGGAAGCCGAAGCUUUCCCCACUAAUGAUGUGAGAGUGGUAUUGAAAUUUGUGAAGAAGCGCAUAUUCUUUUGA